CUCUCUAUGGUGCGGCCGGGUCGGUGGCGGUAAGGAGAAAAAGGGAGACCACACUGCGCACGCGCUCUCGACUUCUCGCUCACUGGCUCCAGCUCUCUCUCCCCCCGCUUUUUUUUUUUUUUUUUUUUAAUCCCCGCACCGAGUGCUUAACCUCAUUGGGGUGGAGGAAGGAGAAGGCGGCGGCUGUCUGGUCCGCAGCGGCAACAGUAGCGAAUAAUAGGGCUAAUGGACUGCUGAAUUAUGAAGUAUUUCAGACCCAAUAGUAGAAUAUCACCCUGCCACUUACUCCUUUAUCUCCUACUAGUUAUUUAAAUUGGACUUUUAAUAUCCUACCAGCUGCUCUUCAGACACACAUGGUGCAUUGUUGCCAUUCCCCGGAUUGCAUCUUUGAAACACAGGCUCUUAGUAACCUUCAGCGAACAAAGAGGCAAACUGUUGGGUAUAUCUACUGGGAGGAAGUCAUCCUGACUGCCCUCUAGCUUUUGCUGGAUCUGGAUUUGAAUUCCACCAUGGAGCCUCGCAUGGAGUCCUGCCUGGCUCAAGUGUUGCAGAAGGAUGUGGGGAAACGACUGCAGGUUGGCCAAGAACUUAUAGACUAUUUCUCAGAUAAACAGAAGUCUGCUGACCUUGAGCAUGACCAGACCAUGUUAGAUAAACUUGUGGAUGGACUUGCUACCUCUUGGGUGAACUCUAGCAAUUACAAGGUGGUUCUUCUGGGCAUGGACAUCCUGUCCGCCCUAGUGACCCGGCUGCAGGAUCGGUUCAAGGCGCAGAUCGGCACAGUUCUGCCAAGUCUAAUAGACAGACUAGGAGAUGCUAAAGACUCUGUGAGGGAGCAAGACCAAACUCUGCUGCUAAAGAUCAUGGAUCAAGCUGCUAAUCCCCAGUACGUAUGGGACAGAAUGCUUGGAGGCUUCAAACACAAGAAUUUCCGUACUCGAGAAGGCAUCUGUCUCUGCCUUAUUGCGACAUUGAAUGCCUCUGGAGCACAUACUUUAACACUAAGCAAAAUUGUGCCACAUAUAUGCAACUUACUUGGAGAUCCAAACAGCCAGGUACGAGAUGUGGCGAUAAACAGCUUAGUGGAAAUUUACAGACAUGUAGGAGAACGUGUGAGGGCAGAUCUCAGUAAGAAAGGAUUGCCACAGUCCCGGUUGAAUGUAAUUUUUACUAAAUUUGAUGAAGUCCAGAAAUCCGGGAACAUGAUACAAUCUGCCAAUGAUAAAAAUUUUGAAGAUGAAGAUUCUGUGGAUGGUAAUAGACCUUCCUCUGCUAGUUCUACAUCAUCCAAGGCCCCACCAGGCUCACGGAGAAACGUCGGAAUGGGCACCACCCGCCGGCUUGGAUCCAAGUCUUCAGCUGCAAAAGAAGGAGCUGGUGCUGUGGAUGAAGAGGACUUUAUUAAAGCAUUUGACGAUGUGCCUGUAGUACAGAUUUAUUCUAGCCGAGACCUUGAAGAGUCCAUAAACAAAAUUAGGGAAAUAUUAUCUGAUGACAAGCAUGACUGGGAGCAGAGAGUAAAUGCUCUAAAAAAGAUUAGAUCUUUACUUUUGGCUGGUGCUGCUGAGUAUGACAACUUCUUUCAACAUUUACGUCUUUUGGAUGGAGCAUUUAAACUCUCUGCUAAGGAUCUGCGGUCUCAGGUAGUGCGGGAGGCUUGUAUCACGUUGGGGCAUUUGUCGUCAGUUCUGGGGAAUAAGUUUGACCAUGGAGCUGAAGCCAUUAUGCCAACUAUCUUUAAUUUAAUUCCAAAUAGUGCCAAAAUUAUGGCCACUUCUGGUGUUGUAGCUGUUAGGUUAAUUAUUCGGCAUACACACAUCCCUAGGCUAAUACCUGUCAUAACAAGCAACUGUACCUCUAAGUCUGUUGCAGUUAGAAGGCGCUGUUUUGAAUUUUUAGAUUUGCUUUUACAAGAGUGGCAGACACAUUCACUGGAACGACAUAUAUCAGUAUUAGCUGAAACAAUAAAGAAGGGAAUACAUGAUGCAGAUUCUGAAGCAAGGAUAGAAGCUAGAAAAUGUUAUUGGGGUUUCCACAGUCACUUCAGUAGAGAAGCAGAGCAUUUAUACCACACCUUGGAGUCAUCCUACCAGAAAGCCCUGCAGUCCCAUCUGAAGAACUCAGACAGCAUAGUGUCUCUGCCUCAAUCUGACCGCUCAUCUUCUAGCUCCCAAGAGAGUCUGAACCGGCCGCUCUCUGCCAAAAGAAGUCCUACUGGAAGUACCACAUCUAGAGCUUCCACAGUUAGUACCAAAUCUGUGUCAACAACUGGGUCCCUCCAGCGGUCUCGAAGUGAUAUUGAUGUGAACGCAGCAGCCAGUGCCAAAUCUAAAGUCUCCUCCUCUUCGGGCGGGAUGCCUUUCAGCUCUGCAGCAGCUUUGCCUCCAGGGUCAUAUGCAUCCUUAGAGUCCAGACACAUGAGGGAAGACAUGGAGUACAUAGGCCUGGACUCAGAUGGUACUACCACUAAAGCAGAGGGUCGCAUCCGCACAAGAAGGCAAAGCUCUGGGAGUGCUACCAACGUCGCCUCUGCACCCUCUGAUAAUCGGGGCCGAAGCCGUGCUAAAGUUGUUUCACAGUCCCAGCGAUCCAGAUCUGCUAAUCCUGCUGGUGCGGGCAGCCGGUCAAGUUCCCCUGGAAAAUUGUUGGGAAGUGGUUAUGGUGGACUUGCUGGGGGUUCCUCAAGAGGCCCACCUGUGACACCGUCUUCAGAAAAGCGAAGCAAGAUUCCCAGGAGUCAGGGAUGUAGCCGAGAAACAAGUCCAAACCGAAUAGGAUUAGCACGGAGCAGCCGUAUCCCUCGACCCAGCAUGAGUCAGGGGUGCAGCCGCGAUACCAGCCGUGAGAGCAGCCGAGAUACAAGCCCUGCUCGGGGCUUCCCUCCACUUGCCUCUCGACGUCAUUCCAGGUCCACUAGUGCUCUCUCCACUGCUGAAUCUGUUGGGCAGUCAGAACGAUUUGGGCUUGGCCAGCCAGGAAGAAUGCCUGGUUCUGUGAAUGCCUUACGAGUGUUGAGCACAAGCACAGAUCUUGAAGCUGCUGUUGCUGAUGCUUUGCUAUUAGGAGACUCCAGGAGCAAGAAGAAGCCUGUGAGGAGGAGAUAUGAGCCGUAUGGGAUGUAUUCUGACGAUGAUGCCAACAGUGAUGCCUCCAGUGUUUGCUCUGAGCGCUCAUAUGGCUCCCGGAGUGGUGGCAUUCCCCAUUAUCUGCGGCAGGCCGAGGAUGUAGCAGAAGUUCUCAACCACUGUGCUAGUUCAAACUGGUCAGAAAGGAAAGAAGGGCUUCUGGGCCUGCAGAACUUACUGAAGAGCCAAAGAACACUGAGUCGAGUAGAAUUGAAAAGACUGUGUGAGAUCUUCACCCGGAUGUUUGCUGACCCACACAGCAAGGUUUUCAGUAUGUUUUUGGAGACUCUCGUGGAUUUUAUAAUAAUUCAUAAGGAUGACUUGCAGGACUGGCUUUUUGUUCUUCUCACACAAUUACUUAAGAAAAUGGGAGCAGAUUUACUUGGAUCUGUGCAAGCGAAAGUUCAGAAGGCUCUCGAUGUCACAAGGGACUCCUUUCCAUUUGAUCAGCAAUUUAACAUUCUGAUGAGAUUUAUUGUGGAUCAAACUCAAACUCCAAACCUCAAGGUCAAAGUUGCAGUCCUAAAAUACAUCGAGUCUCUGGCCAGACAAAUGGAUCCAACAGAUUUUGUAAACUCUAGUGAGACAAGGCUUGCCGUUUCUAGAUUCAUAACCUGGACAACAGAACCAAAGAGCUCAGACGUGAGAAAGGCCGCACAAAUUGUGCUAAUCUCUCUGUUUGAAUUGAAUACUCCUGAAUUUACUAUGUUACUUGGUGCCUUGCCAAAAACAUUCCAGGAUGGUGCCACCAAACUCCUUCAUAACCACCUCAAGAAUUCCAGUAACACCAGUGUGGGUUCUCCAAGCAAUACGAUCGUCAGGACACCCUCCCGGCACACCAGCAGCAGGACUAGCCCCCUGACCUCACCCACCAAUUGUUCCCAUGGGGGUCUGUCUCCAAGUCGGUUAUGGGGUUGGAGUGCCGAUGGGUUAUCGAAGCACCCACCUCCCUUUUCUCAGCCUAACUCCAUUCCCACCGCUCCCUCCCACAAGACUCUCAGGCGCUCUUACUCUCCCAGCAUGCUGGACUAUGAUACAGAGAAUCUGAACUCUGAAGAAAUCUAUAGUUCUCUGCGUGGAGUUACAGAAGCCAUUGAAAAGUUUAGUUUUCAAAGUCAAGAGGAUCUGAAUGAGCCAAUUAAACGAGAUGGCAAAAAGGACUGUGAUAUUGUGUCCCGAGAUGGGGGUGCGGCCUCCCCCGCCACCGAGGGCCGGGGCGGCAGUGAAGUGGAAGGGGGCAGGACGGCGCUGGACAACAAGACCUCCCUCCUCAACACCCAGCCUCCGCGUGCCUUCCCUGGGCCACGGGCACGAGACUACAACCCAUAUCCCUACUUGGACACCAUCAACACCUACGACAAGACAGCCCUGAAAGAGGCGGUGUUCGACGACGACAUGGAGCAGCUUCGAGUGCCCAUCGACCAUUCCGACCUGGUGGCUGACCUUCUGAAGGAGCUGUCCAACCACAAUGAGCGGGUGGAGGAAAGGAAAGGCGCCCUGCUGGAGCUGCUUAAGAUCACACGGGAGGACAGCCUGGGGGUCUGGGAGGAGCACUUCAAGACCAUCCUGCUCCUGCUCCUAGAGACCCUUGGAGACAAAGACCAUUCUAUUCGAGCACUAGCAUUGAGAGUUCUACGGGAAAUUCUGAGAAACCAGCCAGCAAGAUUUAAAAACUAUGCCGAGCUGACGAUCAUGAAGACUCUGGAAGCCCACAAAGACUCACACAAGGAGGUAGUAAGAGCCGCUGAGGAGGCUGCGUCCACUCUGGCCAGUUCUAUCCACCCAGAGCAGUGCAUCAAGGUGCUCUGCCCCAUCAUCCAGACAGCUGACUACCCCAUCAACCUCGCCGCCAUCAAGAUGCAGACCAAAGUUGUCGAGAGGAUCGCCAAGGAGUCCUUGCUGCAGCUUCUUGCUGACAUCAUCCCGGGCCUGCUGCAGGGUUAUGACAACACUGAGAGUAGUGUGCGUAAGGCCAGUGUGUUUUGCUUAGUGGCAAUUUAUUCCGUAAUCGGAGAAGAUCUGAAACCUCACCUCGCGCAGCUCACAGGGAGCAAGAUGAAGCUACUAAACUUAUAUAUAAAGAGGGCCCAGACCACGAACAGCAACAGCAGCUCCUCCUCUGAUGUCUCCACGCAUAGCUAAUGGCAGCACCAGUCUCUUGUGCAGACUUACAAGCAAUUGGUGUUGCCUCUCAGUGGCCUCUCCCCACCCCCAUCAUCGGCUGUCCUGUCCGUGCAAGGAGGCCUGCACAUAUUUAUUACAAUCAGUAUUUCGGUCCCUUCCAGCUUUUAUGUAGAAUCUUACUGGUAUUGAAUGUAAAGGAAGCAAGGCCUGUGUUGCAGUUUUCAUAUAAAACAAAAGGAAUAAGAAAGAAAGAGCCAUACUGAAACAAGUCUUGUGCAGCCUGCUGAGAUCAUAAACCAUGUGUGUGGAGUGCAGUUUAGUCAGAGCUCUCUGGUACUACUUGGUAGAAAGUAGCUUUUUUUUUUUUUCCAGUUAAUAACAGGUUUGGAGGUGAGGUGUGUGUUACUCUGUGUUCCUCCUUCAUAGCUGAUUUUCUUGUGAGUAUGGUCUGCGUGGGGCAGAGCCUGUCCCUUUCACAUUCAAUACUGUGGAGGGUUGUAUGUCUUUCAGUUGUGUUUUUAGACCUAUUAAUAAUGGGAAUCAAGUCUUGGCAAAAAAAGAGAAGCCUGAAGAUGGAGAUGGCCUUUCAACAAACACUGGAAUUUCACUUGUCCAGAUGGGAGGGCAGCUUGCCCUCACUUUUAGCACAGACUCAGGAGUGCACCUCUUGGACUCCUUCCAGUCCCCUAAAAAGCUUCACAGACAAGGUCCCUACCCAGAGCUUUCAUGCAAAAGAAUCCUUCACAUUUAAUUCCAGACACAAAAAUAAGCUAAAUUUGUAGCAUCAUUUAGAGAUGCAUGAACAGGCCCUUGACAAAGCACAGAAGAUGGAGGAAAAGUAGUCUGUCUUACUACCAAGGUCUCGGGGAAUGACCUGCUGAGGGUACUUUGUGAUUCAGGUCUACCAGCGGCAUCUUCCAUUGUCCCUGCAAGCUUUACUUAAGCUGUUCAGUUUUAAGGUGUUUUCAGUUGAUCUGGAAUAUGGCAGGUUUACCAUCUCAGUUUUGACUUCUCUGUUUAAUUUGGGAUUAAGAACAAAGGAAAGUAUAGCGAAGCAAGCUAUCAGAACCAUUUUGUUUUUUAUUUUAUAAACCAGAGUACUUCCUUGAUUGCCUGUUGGAAUAAUUAUUAUUUAAGGAAAAAGUAAUUAUGAUGCAUGGAAGAUUGCAGAAAAACAGGAUUUGAAACACAAUUUUAGAAUCUCUUCCCUUCCACAGGGAACCACGGGGCCCCAUUUUUUAACCUCGUGAGAGCCUAUUUGUUCCAAGAAGUAACCAUAGGUUUGGAGUCUAGUUGAAUAAAUUUGGAGUAAGAUCCUCAAGCCAAAUGGAAAUAUUAUGCAAUCACGAAGACUUAUGUUGUCUCCUGCUGUUGUACUUUAGAUCUUUCAAAUUGAACUGAUUUUUCUGUAAGGAAAAGCUUCCUUUGAUGUUGGUUUUAAUAAGUUAUCUGCUAUUCCAGUGCAGAGUCCACUGGAGCUUCUAGGACUGAUGGCAGAGGCUAGUGCCCGGGUGUGUGGUUCUCACUGCUGAUUUCUACAGAAUCCUCUACCUCCUCCUGCUCUGACCCUCUAGAUUGAUGUGGGAAGUUGUGAAAGAUAGAUACUAUAUCUGGUAAUAAGCACUGAAAAUGAAUGCCCCAUAAUACCCAGGAACAGUGGAGCCAGGGUGCGGUCACUGCUGUCUGUGUGAUGUACAUAGGGGUGUCUUACACAACUGCAGGACCCCACUGCUACUGUUAGGGAACUUCAGGGGUGUACUUUAAGUGAUCAGAUAUUAUUGACUUUGGCUCAAAACUAGUAUGACCAGGCCUUACUUUUGUUGAUAAAUACUAUUUGUUAAUAUUUCAAGUAUUUCUUUUUUCUAAUCUACAAGUGAGCCAGGAUGUCUUUUGGUUACUCCUCUGUUGCAGAAAUGUGUGUCUGGCUAGGUUAUUUAUGAGUUCUUGUAUGUAUGCUAGCUGCAGUUUAGGAACACCUUUCUCCUUGAGCUCUGACUCUUAGAAGGUCACCAAGCUCUCAGUGUCAUUGGGAAGGAUCUCGAGCAUUGCCUGAUGUCCUCACUGUACUCACAAAGGGCUAGCCUCGAAUGUCACUUGCCCAGUCUUCAAUAUCCUGACUUAGAGAUAUAAUCACUUCGCAGAUCUCUUGGCCUCAAUCUGAAAACCGCUGCCUGCCACACCAAGGAGACUCGCAUGCCACCACCACCUCACUGGGAGGGUGGCUACGCCCACCGCCCCCCCCCACCCCCCACCACCACCUGACAGCUGCAGCUGCCUUGCCUUGCUGCCACCUCCCUCCAGGGCCCCUGUUCAGACAAAACAACAGAACACAAAGAGAAAAGCACCAUGGCUGUGUUUGCCUCCCCUGACUUCCUGACUGUCCAGGGCUCGAAACACCCCUGCCCCAGUGCUAGGGGACCAGUUGGUCUGACUUGCAUCCUUCAAGCUGCUGCCUCUGCAGCCAGGGUCUGUGCAGGGUGUGGCCGGGACCUCCGGGCACGUGGCUGCCUUCAAGUGCACUGUGUGUGCUGCCAGGACCUGCCUUUUCUACGCGCCUCACUCGCUUACCACCCUGUGCAGGUAAUGCAAUCUAUUUUGUCUCAUAAAUCUUUUUCUUUCCCUGCCACCUUUUAUUUAUCAAGCAUAAUGUUACACUUUAAAGGACAGCAAAUACAAACUUUAUAGGAUCCCACCGGAACUUUGCUAACAAUGUUUGGAAAUGAAGAAAGAAAUGCUCUGAAAAAUAUCAGCCACCAAAAUAGUUUCGUUGGAGCUAUGUUCACACGCAUGGUCCUCACGCCCCAGGUUGGGUGGGUUUUUUGUUUUUUGGGCUUUUUCAUGUUAACAUCCAUAUCUGUAUUUAUAUCUUGUUUCACUUUCAAGUGUAUCACGGCAAAUGUACAGAUUUUUUUGUUAAUAAUGUGCUAGGAUUUGCUAAAAAAGAAAAACAAAAAAAAAAACCCUUUUGAGUUUGCCCUAGAAUAAAUGAAACUUAAUUCAG